UUUCUCUUUCUCUCUCUCCCCUCCCUGUUUCUCUCUCUAUCUCCCUCUCUCCGAAACGGGUUCUGAUUCAACCUGCACGUGGAGGGACUCAGGAAGAAGAAAACAGAGCGAGAUCUGACCCAUUUUUUCAAUCUCACAUUUUUUGGGUUUCUACAUAAUUUGGAAUUGAAUUCGGAGACCCUUUUUCAAAAGGGGUCUUCUUCUCUACAAAUCUCCUUACCUCUCUACACUGGUUGCUAGGAUUUUGUAGUUGGAGCCAUGGCGGUUGAGAUUGCGGGAUUUGAGAUGGUUCAAGGACCGAUUGAGAACGGCGUUGAAGGAGGCAAAUCUGUUGCGCAUGAACAGGAGAAUGGAAAGCUGGAACAAGAUCUGGGAGCUGGUGAGGCCAUCAAAUUUGGCUCACAUGGAGAUGAAUCUGCUAAAGGGGAAGCUAAUGAUGUUGUUGAUUCCAAUACCCCGAAGAACGCUGCUGAAGAGUGGCCUGCGCCUAAGCAGAUUCAUUCGUUCUAUUUUGUCAGGUGCAGGCCUUAUGAUGAUCCAUCCAUCAAAACUAAGAUUGAUCUGCUUGAUAAAGAGAUCAGCAAGAAAAAUCAAGCUCGGUUUCAGAUCACUGAAGCACUGAAGGCAAAGCGGUCGGAACGAUCAGAGUUGAUUUCUCAGAUUAAGAUUCUAAGAGGUGACAGCAAGCAAUUUCAGACUAUCUUUGAUGAGAAAAUGAAGGAGAUUGAGCCUCUGCAGCAGGCUCUGGGAAAGAUGCGUAAUAAUCGCAGUGGUAUAUGCUCAUCUGAGGAGGAACUCAAUGAUGUUAUAUAUAGCUUACAGUACCGCAUUCAGCAUGAGAGCAUUCCAUUGACUGAGGAAAAGCAAAUCCUCCGAGAAAUCAAGCAGCUUGAAGGGACAAGGGAGAAAGUUAUUGCUAACGCUGCAAUCAGGACCAAGUUGCAGGAUACUAUUGGGCAGAAAGAUGUCAUCCAAGAUCAGGUUAAGCUUAUAGGUGGGGAUUUGGAUGGUGUGAAGAAGGAGAGACAAGCGAUUCGGUCCAAAAUCCUUAAAAUUGAUGAUGAGCUGAAAACCAUCGACGCUGCUAUCCAGACUCUGCAGGAAGAGCUUGCAGGUGUUACUCAGAAGAGGGAACAGACUUUUGAGAGCAUUCAGAAGCUUAGGAAACAGCGCGAUGAGGGGAACUCUUAUUUCUACCAAAGUCGUACACUUCUGACCAAGGCACGAGAUCUGGCUGCUAAGAAAGAUGUUACUGCUCUUGAUGAACUUUCACAGACAGAGGUUGAGAAAUUCAUGUCACUUUGGAACGGUGGCAAAACUUUCAGGGAUGAUUACGAGAAGAGAAUCUUGUCAUCAUUGGACAUGCGACAGCUGAGUCGGGACGGGCGCAUGAGGAACCCUGACGAGAAGCCACUGCUGGAAGAACCAAAACCUGCUGUGACUGAGCCAUUACCAAGAGCCAUCGCGAAACAGCCAAAGGAGGAGCCUAAGCCUUCUCCGGUAGAAACUUUGGCUGCUCAGAAAGAAACCAAAACUAAAGGCAGGGAUUUGAAAACUAAGUCGGAUAAUGAUGAUUAUGAAUUUGAAAAUCCUCAUAAGGAUACCCCUGCUACGAAAGAGCCUGAAAUCGAUCCAGCAAAGGCGAAAGAGAUUAAAAGAGAAGAGGAAAUUGCAAAAGCAAAGCUGGCUGCGGAAAGGAAGAAGAAGUUGGCAGAGAAAGCUGCAGCCAAAGCAGCUCUCAAAGCUCAAAAGGAAGCUGAGAAGAAGCUUAAGGACCGUGAGAAGAAGGCGAAGAAGAAAUCAGGAGCUGUUACCAUUCCCCAGGAGGAACAGGAAGCUGCAGAGGUCGAGGCAACCGAACCCGAAAAGGUUAAUGAUGUUGUUGAGGCCGCGGCUCCAGUGAAGGAAAAGGUGACAAAGGAGAGCAGUCUGAGGUCUAGAAGCCGAGCAAAGGGACCAGAGUCGAUUCCAAAAGCUAUUCUGAAGCGCAAGAAGUCCAACAAUUACUUGAUAUGGAUUGCUGUUGCUGCUUUGUUAGUCGUGCUGCUGUUGGUGCUCGGAUACACCUAUGUUCUUUAAAUAAGAAGUUUAGUUCUAGAAGGAGCUGCGAAACCGAUUUUCCUAUUGGGUGGCUAGGUUUGUGAGGUAGCUUAAGUUAUUUCUGUUCUAUACAUCCUCUUAGGGGAGUUGAAUCGACAAAACACAUUUACUUUGUUGUGUGCUUUUGCUCCUGUCUUUUGGAAAAAAGCUAUAUACACUAGUUUGGAUACUUAAUUUUCAAAUUUUGUUCAGAUAUCAUGAGUUUUUAUUGGAAGGUUUGUUUUGUUUCAA